AUGCCAGCUUACGAUAAAGAAAACGUGAUGAUCCUUUCCGCCAAAACAGAGAACAUGGUUCUGUCUCCCAGCAAAGCCAAUAUCAUAAAAGAGCAUUCUCCCUCUAAAAUUCAGAAAGGAGCCAAGAUCCAAGACGGCAAAGACGUCAAUAGCUUCGAUCCGGAGCUAGAACCAUUGCUUCGAGAGAACCCCAAAAGGUUUGUUGUAUUCCCCAUUCAGUACCCUGACAUUUGGGCCAAGUACAAGGAAGCUGAAGCCUCCUUUUGGACCACAGAAGAGGUAGACCUCUCCAGAGACAUGGACCACUGGAAAAACCUCACUGACAAUGAGAGACACUUUAUUUCCCAUGUGCUUGCUUUCUUUGCUGCUUCUGAUGGUAUUGUGAAUGAGAAUUUGGUGGAGAGAUUCAGUCAAGAAGUCCAAGUCACUGAAGCACGUUGCUUUUAUGGUUUCCAGAUAGCAAUUGAGAACAUCCACUCAGAAAUGUACAGCACCCUCAUUGAAACUUACAUCAGCAAUCCUGAGGAGAAAGACUUCCUCUUCAAUGCCAUAGAGACCCUGCCAUGUGUUAGGAAGAAGGCUGACUGGGCAUUGAACUGGAUAAGCUCCAAAAACUCUACUUUUGGAGAGAGGAUUGUGGCUUUUGCAGCUGUGGAAGGUAUAUUUUUCUCUGGUAGCUUUGCCGCUCUGUUUUGGCUCAAGAAACGUGGGCUGAUGCCUGGUUUGACCUUCUCCAAUGAGUUGAUUUCAAGAGAUGAAGGGCUACACUGUGAUUUUGCUUGUCUCUUGUUCUCCCAUUUGGUGCAGAAACCAUCAGAAGAACGUGUUGUGAGCAUUAUCAGGGAUGCAGUGAAAAUAGAGCAAGAAUUCCUGUCAGAUGCCUUGCCUGUUAGUUUGAUUGGCAUGAAUUGUGAUUUGAUGUGCCAGUAUAUUGAAUUUGUGGCUGAUAGAUUGUUGUUAGAGUUGGGCUGCAAGAAAAUUUACAACUCACAGAAUCCCUUUGACUUCAUGAGUAUAAUUUCCACUGAUGGCAAAACAAAUUUCUUUGAAAAGAAAGUUGGAGAAUACCAGAAAGAUGGUGUAGCUAAUCAUUUGGAAAAAAUUGUGCAUUGUGUCUACCUCACCUGCUAA